AUGUUGGAUACAAAACACGGGAGUGAGGUAGUCAGCGUCAUAGCAGGACAAGCAUUUAGAAAAUUUCUUCCACUCUUUGACCUGGUAUUAGUUGAGAGGAGUGUGGCUGAAACUGUAACCAAAGGAGGCCUUAUGCUUCCUGAGAAAUCUCAAGGAAAGGUGUUGCAAGCCACGGUGGUUGCUGUUGGAUUGGGCUCAAAAGGGAAGGGUGGAGAGAUUCAACCAGUUAGUGUAAACGUUGGAGAUAGAGUACUUCUAGCAGAAUACGGAGGCACCAAAGUUGUUCUAGAUUAUAAAGAUUAUUUCUUGUUUAGAGAUGGUGACAUUAUUGGAAAGUAUGUAGAUUGA